CCGUGCUGGUGGUGGUUGAUGGUGGGAGAGAGCGGAGAGAGGAGGGGGGGGAAGAGAGAGAGAGAGGGACGCAGGGAAGACCGCUUGCAGUCAGCCCGCUCCCACUAAACGAGCAAAUCAGCAGCAGCACCACCAAAGCCGUCCAUCCGCCUGCUGCAACAACGGGAGUCUGAGAUCUUCCCAUCGGACGCUGUUCCUGCUUCACCGGGCGCCUCUCGUCUCCCAAGGCCAGGGGGGGGGGGAGGACUCUGCAGCGAGGGGCGCGUGGAAGCAUUUGCGACGCUGUUGGAUGCAAGCGACUGAGCCAUGGAAUUCUUGGAUAACACACUCAAUGGAUACUUUGAGAAAUUGCUGGGCCCCAGAGAUGCGCGCGUCCGCGGCUGGCCCCUGCUCGACUCGUACGUGCCGACCGCCGCCGUCACCGCCCUCUACUUCGCCUUCAUCUGGCUGGGGAGCGCCUGCAUGCGCAACCGGCAGCCGCUCAGCCUGCGCGCCUCCAUGGUGGUCUACAACUUCCUCGUCACGCUCCUCUCCGUCUACAUGUUCGUGCAGCUGUGUGUGGGAGCGUGGCAGGGAAACUACAGCCUCAGAUGCCAAAACACCCGCAGCAGUGGUGACGUAGACGUGAAGGUGGCUCGUGUUCUGUGGUGGUACUACUUCUCCAAGUCCAUUGAGCUGAUGGACACAGUGUUCUUCGUGCUGCGCAAGAAAAUCAGCCAGGUCAGCGUGCUGCACGUCUACCACCACGCGACCAUGCUGAACAUCUGGUGGUUCGUCAUGAACUGGAUUCCCACCGGCCACACUUUCUUUGGGCCGAUGUUGAACAGCUUCAUUCAUAUCAUGAUGUACUCCUACUACGGGCUGGCGGCUAUCCCUGCAAUGCGGCCAUACCUCUGGUGGAAGAAAUAUCUCACUCAAGCACAGCUGAUCCAGUUUGUACUCACAAUUGGGCAGACGAUAUCUGCCAUCGUGUGGCCUUGUGGCUUCUCCAUCCCGUGGCUCAUGUUCCUGACGGGCUACAUGAUUUCCCUCACCUUGUUUUUCAUCAACUUCUAUGUGAAGACAUACAAGAGUCGUCGUUCAAGACAGCACUUGAAAUCGAGAGAGGAAGAGAGCGAUUAUAACGGCUACAGCAAUGGACACUCCAUCACCAUGGAGACCAGGACUGUCGUUCGCAAGAAGGUUGCUCUGGACUGAGGCGAUUCCCUCCAGACAUCGACUUCCGAAUGACCGCAGGCAACAGUGAAAACGCACGGCAACUGCAGAAACAUCGACAGCGAUGAGACGCGUGACGCGAUUAGUCCAAAACUAGAACCCCGUGGUCAGCCAUGUUCUUGCGUUCACUUUGUUUUUACUAAACGCUUUACUUUUAUUUUUGUUGACCUGCAAAGCUAAAUUAAGCACAAUGAUGAUUUGACCGGUUGCCUGACCGGACCGACAAGGGCAAGACGGUUUUUGCGAUGCAUUCCAGGAGUUUGAGCCACGUAAGGGGCCGCAGAACGUGUAAGCGCAAUAAUCCAGGAUGAAUACAAUUCCUUAAAAGUGGCUGCCGGUGUAAGGAAAGGUGAAGUUUUUGUAGCUUGAUUUUUUUAAAGCUUGAAUGUUAAUUAUUCACGAUGCCAGCAAUUAAUCGACAUGUAUAUUUUGGCAUUGCUGGAAUGUCAGCGAGCAGCAGUGUCAUCAGCAAGGUGGACAUUUUACAUAGUUUUGGAAAUUUAUAAAAAGCUUGAUUUUUUACAGGGGUUGUUAAGAAAAACAGGGGAAAAUGUUUUAGUUCAAAAAUAAGUCCAAAUUAUUAAAACUCAAACAACUUACAAGUAAAUAUUUGUAAAGCUAAAAGUUGUAGCCCGCUGUCAAUUCUGUUGAAAUGUUAUUUUUUUAUGAAAGAUGGCAACUAAAAAAAUUAUCCAAUUAAUAUUGCUGAAUAUAUCAAGAAUAAGUAUGCUGUCUAAUCAUGUUGACAGAAUCCAAAUUAGUUCCUAAGAUGCCUGUGAGCAAUCUUUGGGGCUACAUUUGUAUUGGAGGAAUAAAAUAAUUCCCACCCACUACGAUCCAAUCAACUGCUUUGACUCAGGACCACGAUUCAAUUCAAUAAUCAAUGUUUUUUGUGG